GCUCCAGUUCGAGGUCGGGCAGGUAUCGCAGCCUACGUUGACAGCCAAGGAAGCUCGCUGCUCGAACAGGACGGCGCUGCCGGAGACUUUGGAGGCGAAGGCUACCAGACUGCCGAGGUGGCACAGGAUGCUGAUUCGGCCGAGGCAUCACAGUUGCAGGCAAGCGACAUCAGCAAUCUCCUGCUCUCCGGGCUGGCAGAGCUGGAGGACGACGUCGAUCUGAAGAUUCACAAAGGAAGUGGUGAUCUGGGCGCAGACUCCGUGGUGAGGAUCAAUGAGGAGGAAAGCCGGUCAUCAGAGGUUCGCUUUUGGUCCUAUGUGAACCUGGGAGCUGAGACCGGUCGGAGCGAGGAAGCGAUGCGGCCCUCCUCGAUUCACCUGAGCACCUUGGGGGACAUCACCUCUGCAGUUGGGUCAACGAGGUCCUACAAAGUGGCUGCCGCGAUUGUGGGCUUGUCAGAUGGAAAGGCAACAGAAUGGAGCAAUCUGGCACUUGCUGGGACGGCCUUCAUCGGCAUCUUUCGGAAUGCCUCAGAAGCGUCCCCAGCUCGGUGGAAGAUCUACUCCGCACAGCCGGCUCAGGCCAGCAUCACAACGAUGAGGAGCCAGCAGGCAGAGGGGGAGAUCUUCACCCGCGGGCAGAUUCAGACCUUCACUUCUCUUCAGAACGAUGUGGUCCAGCUGACCAGCUCUGGAGACGUCGUCGUGCAAUCCAUGGAGGGAGAAUCGGAUUUCGUUCAGCUAGCUCCGGUGGACGAGGCUGUCUAUGGCGUUUGCAACGAGUACUGUGCCGUGAUGGCGUUCGACCGCGAGGCCCAGGUGCUCGUGGAGGAGUGCGUUGAUGGCACGCAGAAGACCUACGACAACUCCGCAAUGGUCGAGGAAACAUACUGGUUGAUCUCCACAAUGGGCAAGGUCUGUCGAUGGUCCACUACAGGUGGUGCGAAAAUCGCCGGUACAUCGCACAGUGACACUCCUGGCAGCAAAGCAUCAAUGACCCUGCUCCCAUCGGCCUAUUUCCAGGAUCUCACGCUCUUCCCUGUAGCCUUGACGCACGUGCAGAUCAUCGGCACGCAAGCCACCACCUGCGAGGCAGCGGGACAGAAGUUUGCCUUGACGGGUUCUGGCUCCGUCUACUCAGCCGAGCUUGAUGAGGUUGCAGCGAAGUCUUCGCUCUUUUGCAAGACGCCCGUGAUGGUCUUCGGCAUGGCAGGGGUGGGAGACACUGUUCAGCUCCUCAACUCUCCGUCUACCAGUUCCGUAGCCUACACGAAGUACGCCAACGGCGUAUGUGACACCGAAGACAUGUUUGACAAAGAUGCACUGGAAGAGGAGCAUCCUGUACUUCCUGACGGAAAAGUCUUGGAGUGGAAGCUGAUCACGACCAAGGAAAAGCCAGGUGUCUGCAACGUCGAUUCGCUGGAUGAGUGCUUUUCCCUGUGCUCGUCGGUCAAGGAUUGCAAGUUCUUUGCCACUCACUUUGCGGCGAAUUGCAAGGCUUGCUUACUUUUCAAGAGUUGUCAAUCUUCUGGAUCUACAUCCUUGGUCCAAGAUGAUGGGGAAGGUGAAGCCCACGGGAGCUCACAAGGUGGAACAGAGUUCGAAAGGUACGACAUCUUUCAGGUGGAGCAGUCUGAUGGGAAAGACCUGGCCUCGGAUGCAAAUCUCAUCAAGAACCCGAUGUUCACGGAUGGCAAGACUGGCUGGACUGAGCUCUGUCCGCCCAUGAUGUACAACGGCAAGAACUUGUCCUUCGAGUGCAAGAACUCGGGGGUGUGGAACAGUGUCCCUGAGGUGCUCGGAGGUGAUAAGUUUGCCUACCAAGUCACCGGACCGACUGGGAGCUGCUGGAAAGGCUCGCGAGGUGGAGUUUAUCAGGACUUGGCGACGGAGAUGGGAUUCACUUACGAGUUGACCUACAAGCUGAUCGAUGGUUACUUCGACAAGAAGGAUAGCAAGAUUGAGAAGAGCUGGGUCGAGGUGCAGAGCCCGGUAGGCCACCCUGUGCUGGACGAGGAGGCGUCCACCUCCAACUCGGCGAAGGAGCCAACCAAAGGCCAGUGGCAGACGAAAGGCCCCUACACAUUCAUCGCUGCGGGGAACAAGUCCCGGAUUUUUUUCUACACCGGUGGCACUGCAUGUACCAGCAUCGACGACGUGAUCGUCAGGAAGACCAAGGAUCCCAAAUACAUCGUGUACAAUUUCGCUCAUCUGAUCAACGAUGGCCACUUCAUGGUCACCCGAGGCGCCUUCCCGAAAAAUGCCUCCGACAACUCCAGCGAUGGCAGCUCCUUGCAAGUGUUGAAGGACAACGUGGUGAUCAUGAAGCCGUCGGAGAAAGCCGGGGACCCCGCGAGGGAGGCGUCGCGUGGAGAAAAUGAUCUUGAUGUGAACACGCUGCAGCUGACGGGCGGCGGCUGCAGCCGCGUUUCCGGCUUUGUGAGGUACACACCCAAGCCGCUGUACCAGUAUGACGAGAAGGAGCUGACGAAUGGCAGCGUCUUAAGCAGUGUGACGUUUGAGGUGCAGGAGCCCAUCGGCAAUCCCGUCAAUCCGCCCGUCAACAUCGGCGUUACUGGCGCGGUGAUCAAUGCCGUCUUGGAUCCCUCGCCAGAGCACCUCAGAAUCAGGGUGAGGAAAGAAGCCAGUGUGAAGAGCAAUGACACGGACUCGGACAACGUGGUCGAGGCGCAGCUCUACUUCUUCUGCAAGGGCGGCGACCGCAUGAGCUACCGUUCUGGAUGGAAGCUCUUCACGUACCAGUUCGCAGGCAAUGAAGGGCUCUGCCUUUCCCUGGGGGCACGCGACAGCAUGGGCAUGGGCUGCCACGAGGUCAGCUGCAGGAAGAACCCCAUCAGCGACGCCAGCCUCCAGCCCUGCAACGAGGAGGACUGGGCGCAGAACUUCUACCCAGAGGGCCCCUUGGUACGCUCGGCCUCGCCUGCGGAGCGCUGUCUGGCAGUGGAUUAUUCAGCGAAUGUGGGGGCGCCUUGCAAGCCCAUUACGCUGAAGAUGUGCAAUGAGUCGGACCCUGGGCAACGUUGGAGCAUCGUUGGUGGAGACUCUGCUCAGGAUACGGCGCUGUUGAAGAUGGAGGAUGGUCUGGUGGCCUCCACCCCCAAGGCGAAGACGCAGCUGGCCUCCUUCGACAUGCUGAUCCAGGCCUGCGCCGAGAAGGAAGUGGCGGCGGUGAAGCAGUGGAACCAGAUCCCUUCCCCGACCGUCGCGAGUCUGGUCAUGGCCCAUGAGCUUUCCACGAACUUCACUCAGAAGGCGUCCGGAAGUGGCGAGCUUUUGCUCUCGGACGUUUGGGCAGAGGCGGUCUGUCCAUGGUUCUUCAACCCGCCGCUCCACACGGACAGCAAAUACCUCAAGUGCUACAAUAGCGAUCUCUGCGACCCGGACGAGGAUGGGGAGGACUGCUGCGCUACGAGAAAGGGCACCUUCAUGUGUUCCUCGUCAGCGCCGUACAUGUGCAAAUCCAAGACCAACGGGAAGGCUCCAUCAGACUACUUCUGUGUCAAGGACAACGCCGACUGCGAGGAAUACGAGGGUCGCCGCCCGUGUGAGGGCCCUCCCGGGGACGAGGGCAGCGUGGGGGAACCGGGCGAGGAUGGCCUGCCCGGCGAGGAUGGCCGGACAGGAGACCCCGGAGUGGUCAAGGAGGCCCCGCCGCCUUCGCUCUCGCGAGCCGGGGCGAAGGCCUUCCUGGCGCAGUCUUUGGUGCUCUUGCUGACCGCCUCAUUGUGGAGUGCUUCAGCCGUCCGCUCUGGCCCAGGGGAGCAACAGGAGGCCCAGCUGUUCCCACACCGUCUUAAAGAAUGGAACCUCGACACGUCGACGACCCGGAUGGGCCUUGGCGUGCUGGACUUCAUCUUAGGUUUGGAGCCAGGGGCAUGCAAGAACUUUGACUCCGAAUGCAUCAGACGCAAGCUUGAACAUGAUUAUCCAAUGGAGUGGGAGGUGUUCUGGCUGUACACGCAUGAAAACGGCGGCAUAUUUGCCAGUGUCUUUCAAGACUACUUGGAGCACUGGCAACGGGUGAGGUUUACAUGGGCAACAGCGCAUGAACUCUUGAUCUUUGCCGACCCGAAGCCAGGGAGCCGUGUGUGUAAGGGAGCGUGA